CCUGGUAUAACCUGUGUUUAGUGUUGCCAGGAGACUUCUUCAAACAGUGCUGUAUACUCACUUGCACUGCAACACUUCUAAUUAUGGAAGUUAUGGAAAACUCUCAUGAGGUGGACCCGUCUCACGAGAGGGAGAGGCUGAAGAUGAGGAUUGGUGUCCUGGAGGAGAGUGUGAAGUCCUGUGAGCUGGAGUGUAAAGCCAGCAGAGAGACGGUGCUCAGGCUGGUGGCAGAGCUGGACCGAGAGAGGAGGAAGGCUGCCAGCAGCGCAGCAGCACUUGACUCACUCAAAGUGGAGUUAGACGGCCUGGUGGUGGGAAGGAGGAGUGUUGAGAUGGAGAGGGAAACCCUGAUGGGGAGGCUCGAGGCCAGCAGGAGAGUGAUAGAGGCAGCUCGCCGAGAGUCGAGCUGUUUGGAGAAACAGGUGGAGGAGCUUGAAAGAAAGUUACAGUCAAGUCAAGGAGAGACCCAGGCAGCCGAGGAGAAACUACAGAUGUUCCUGAAAAAGGUGGCAGGCCUGCUGCAGGGGAAGUCUGAGCAUGUCAUCCUGCCCGCAGAGAAAGAUAUUUUGCUCAAAGUGGAUGACCUCUGCAACAAGACUUUCUCGGAGGUGGAGGCCCGGCUGUGUCACGUCUCUGAGGAGCUGAGCGAGCAGACGGAGCUCCAGCACAGAGCGCUGCAGAGGGCUCAGCUUGCAGAAAAGCAGGUCCAAGACCUGAGGGAGAGGCUGCAGGCUCUGGAGACUGAGCUGCUAGCAGCAGACGUGCACCGCGACGGGCUGAUGCACAGCAAACAGCAUUAUGAAGAGUUCCUGGAACGGCUGUCGGAGGCCAUGAAGGUUGACAGCAUUGCUGUGGAUCUGGGCUUCGACAUGAGGCUAAAACUCAUCCUGUCACGUGUAGAGCAGCUUGUUAAACAAGAGGCGACUGCUUUGGUGGAGAGCAAAAGUCUGACCUACAGUCUACAGCGAAAGUUAAAGUCACAGAAAGACCAACUAGAAAGCAAAGGACUCCACAUCCAGCUCCUGAGGAAGAAGAUGUCCGAGCUGGAGGAGGAGAAGAGGGGCCGAUCGGCGUUGGCCGUGGAACGAGAUGACGCUCACCUGGAGGCCAGGAGGCUGCAGAAAAAACUGGAGCGUCUCCAAGGCGAGCUGAAGGCCACCAAGCUGUCCAACACUGAGCUCAAGGCCCAGCUGUCCCACACCAACGAGCUCAAGUUGAAAGUCAUGGAACAGAGUCAGACCGUGCAGGAGCAGAAGAAGAGGCUGGACCAGCUGGUGGAGGGGAAGGCCAAGGUGGAGAAGAAGCUGAACACAGCGAGCUCCGACCUACAGAGCCAAGAGAAGAAGACCAGAGAGGACCAGCAACAACUCGCCACCCUCAGACAGAGCCUGGCUCAGCUGUCUGAGAGGGAGAGAGAGUUGGUGGAUUUCCGGAUGGUUGUUUCCCAGAUGUUGGGAGUGGAUGCCACAGCCCCGACUCUUCCAAAUCAUGAAAUCAUCAAACUGCUGGAGACAGUUCUUCACCACCAUCAUCACCAUCACCACCUUCAUCAUGUUAAUGCGCCCUGGCACUGUCAUACUCAUCCCCACCUAAUCCAGGACCUUCCUGUCAGCUCCUCCUUGGAUCUUUCAACCUCCAGGUCUGCUUGUCCAGGCGAUGCAUGUCCGCUUCAUGAAACCUAG